CGUUGGUCAGCGACAGCUGGUUUGUCUAGCUAGAACUCUACUACACAAGACAAAGAUCCUGAUUCUGGACGAAGCCACGGCAGCCGUGGAUGUAGAGACAGACGAACUGAUCCAGAGGACGAUUAAAUCAGAGUUCAGUGACUGUACUGUACUGUCUAUAGCUCAUAGACUCAACACCGUGAUGGAUUACGAUAGAAUAAUGGUAAUGGACAAAGGAUUAAUAGUCGAGUUUGGAGCCCCACAAAAACUACUGGAGGAUAAAUCCGGGGUCUUCUACAAGAUGGCUAAAGCUGCUAACCUCGUUAAUUAACAUAUCUUAUUUAGAGUCAUUACGAUACUGCAAAAUCACAUAUCAAAUCCAAUGAACCAAUAUAUUUCCCUCAAACUGCGAAAAUUUGACCUUCAAAAAAUAUGUGAUUUUACAGUAUUUUUGGUUCCUGUU